UGGGCAUGAUGAGCGGAGUGGGUAGCUAUGGAAGUGGGUUUUUCGGCGCUGCAGCCACCGGCGUGGUAGGAGGUUCAACAUCGGCGGCUAGUGACUACAGCAGCAGUAGUACCAGCUGUUUUUACGCCCCCAAUGCUGCACAGGGAGCACCAACGGCUGGUGUUGUUAAUCCAACAACAAUGCUGUCCAAUUACUGUGACGCAGCUAUGAUGAUGGCAGCGGCGGCGGUGAAUGCCAAUCAAUGCCUUCAACAACACCACCGAAUGUUGCUCGCCAAUAGCGCUGGCAGCAGUCACAACCUCGCGAACGGUCACAAUAGCCACGACUGCAGUGACGAUAUUGACGGAGCAAGCGGUACAACCGUGAACGGAGACGCGAUCAUGCCAGCCACAUCCAUAUCGGCAGUGACAUCACCGACAACUUCGACGGCAUCCACGAGCGCUUCUGCCCCAAUGUCUACUGUCAAUUCAUCCGCCACUAGCAUCAGUCAACAAUACCAGCAGCAGACCCAACGCUGCCCCUCAAACGCGCAUCCACCCGCCCAGCCGCAUAUGCACAUUCACGACCUCCAGGGGCAGCAACAACUGCAAACGCAGCUGGCAUCGUCACCAAACCUAAUCGAUAUCAGCGAAGUUCCUCUCGUUGUCGACGUCAAGUAAAUAUAGUAUAGUUGUAAUUGCGGUUCAAAGGAAAGCAGCUUAAAUAGAUUUCAAAAGUUUACGUUAAGAAUUGACCUAAACAAAAACUAAAAAAAAUACAAAAAAAAAUAGAAGCUGAUGUGAAGACAUGUAAAAUUAGCAUAAAUUUUUACUCUUUAGAGUUGUUAAAGCGCAAUUUUUUAGAAAUUUAAUCAUUGUCAUGCAUUUGUAAAUAUUUUAAUAAUUAAUAUUUAUAGUAAUUUAUUUAUUGAAGUUAUACAAAUGGUUUUCCAAAACUAUGAAACUUGAAGCCAAAAAUUAAAAGUAAAAGUAUUGACUUGCUUUGAAGCUGCAGCAAUUACAAAAUAGCAAUAGUCCAACCGUUUGAGGAUGAAUUAAAAUUUUUGUAGACUGCUCUUCUCGAACGAUGGCAACGCCUUAGCUAAGGAAUCACCUAAAAUGAGGCUGAUAAUAAUCACUACCGAAACAAAAACUAGUAUUUUGCUCUCAACCUAAUUUGCGGGAAAGUUAUGGUGGCUUCAAGUGACAUACUCUUUGAAAAAAAUGAUAGAAGCUUCAGAAUCUCGUUAAACGAGACUUGAAUGUUGUCUUAAAAGGUAAAAUGCAACAAUUUUCAUAUGCUUAGGCGAAAGCGAAAAUGAUAUAUCAAUAUUUGUGAAAUGGAAUGGCACUGAAUCUUACUUAAUUUCAGUUUACAUUUAAAAAGUACUUUUUAAUUUAUAAAAUACUUUUGUUUAUCGCGUGCAACUUGUUUGUUCUACACAUGCUUCAAAUACCAAAUUAAUUUUAAAAAAUUCCUAGUGUCUUCUAAUCGGAACUGUUGCAAUUUUGUGCUUUAUUAAAUAUUUUUAAACAAGUAAAAUUAAAAAUUUUACAAUUUACAAAUAAAUGUCCAGAAAACCUUAUUUUUAUUAAAAGCAGAAUUUAAUUAGCAAAUUUUUUAUUUUAUUUUACAAAGAUCAAAACCAGUGCAAGUUAGAUUUAAGCUGAAACACUUUUUAUUUAUUAUACAACAUGAAUAUAUUUUAUUUUGAAAUAAAGUUUGAUAUUUUUACUGAAACGGCAUUUUGAUUUUCUUCAACAAAAGGUUUGUAAAUUUAUUUUUGCUCUUUGCCGAAUUUUUCCAUUAAGAAUACUAGUACAACAAGAAAAUGCAAUUCGUUGCUAAAAUAAUCUGUAAAUAAUAGCCGAAUCGAAGUGUGUUAAGGCGUAGCUUUAGUUCUACUAGCAAUAAAUUCUUUAUGUAGACCCAAAGUAUUGCUGUACAUACAUAUAUGCAAUAUAACUGAGUUGAAGCGACAUGCGAUUGUCACUGUGAAAGCGGAGAGGAAACGAAAUAUUUGCUUCGACUUUAUGCAUGGGUGUGUAUUUGUGUAUUCAUAUUGUAAAAAAUAUUAGUAAUUUGAUUAACAUAGGCCUAAAUUAAAUUACUUAACAACGUAAAUACUAGUUUUAUACAAUUUUGAAAAACAAAAACAAAUGUACUUUAGGAAAGAGGAUUGCAUGCCAAAUCUUUCCUAUAUGUAUUAUUUGACAUAUUUAGUAAAAAGAACUCACAGUUAUUUAUCGGUGAAUUGUAUGUUAAAUAUAUAUCAUACAUAUUAAUUAAUAAUAAGCACAACUUUGUUUUCCAAUUCAUAUUUUAUAUUAAAUUAUUUAAAACGUGUAAAAACGCAAAUAGGAACAAGUUAAAUUCACAACGGAAAUAAAAUAAUUAAAAAUAAAUUUUUAAAAUGA